AUGGGCCAGGAUUACUACGCGGUGCUGGAGCUGAACCGCAGCGCCAAGGAUGCGGACAUCAAGACGGCAUAUCGGAAGCUGGCUCUGAAAUAUCAUCCAUUAAAGAACAAAGACCCUUGGGCUCCUGGGAAAUUCAAGCAGCUGGCCGAAGCCUACGAUGUCCUGAGUGACUCGGUGAAGAAAGCCGUGUACGAUAAGUUUGCGGAGGAGGGUCUGAAGGGAGGAAUCCCCCUGGAGUUUGGCAUCGACACCCCCUGGACGGAAGGCUAUGUCUUUCAUGGAAACCCUGAGAAAGUCUUCCGGGAAUUCUUCGGAGGAGACAACCCCUUCGCGGAAUUCUACACCGCCGAAGGGGCCGAGGUCAACAUGGCUUUCGGGGGUCUCCGUGGCCGUGGGGUGAAGAAGCAGGACCCCCCGAUAGAGAGGGAUCUGUACCUGUCCCUUGAAGACCUGUUUUUCGGGUGCACCAAGAAAAUCAAGAUCUCACGGAGGGUGAUGAAUGAAGACGGCCACGCGUCCACCAUUAAAGACAAGAUCCUAACGAUCGACGUUCAACCUGGUUGGAAGCCCGGAACUAAGAUAACUUUCAAGGAGGAAGGAGACCAGGGACCCAACAUUAUCCCUGCAGAUAUUAUCUUCAUUGUGAAGGAGAAACUCCACCCCAGGUUUAAAAGGGAAGGGGACAACCUGAUCUACGUGGCCAGCAUCCCUCUGGGAAAGGCCCUGAUCGGCUGCACGGUGGAUGUGAGGAUGCUGGACGAGAGGCUGUUGAACAUCCCCAUCAACGAUAUUGUCCACCCAAAGUACUUCAAAGUGGUUCCCCACGAGGGGAUGCCCCUUCCCCAAGACCCCACCAGCAAGGGAGACCUCUACAUGUACUUCGACAUUGUCUUCCCAGCCAGGCUGACCCCGGCCAAGAAGUCGCUGGUGCGGGAGGCCCUCCUGAUGUGA